GGCAGUGGCAAGAUGGCCUCUCUGGAUCGAGUGAAGGUACUGGUGUUGGGAGACUCAGGUGUUGGGAAAUCUUCAUUAGUCCAUCUUCUAUGCCAAAAUCAAGUGCUGGGAAAUCCAUCAUGGACUGUGGGCUGCUCAGUGGAUGUCAGAGUUCAUGAUUACAAAGAAGGAACCCCAGAAGAGAAGACCUACUACAUAGAAUUAUGGGAUGUUGGAGGCUCUGUGGGCAGUGCCAGCAGCGUGAAGAGCACAAGAGCAGUAUUCUACAACUCUGUAAAUGGUAUUAUUUUAGUACACGACUUAACAAAUAAGAAAUCCUCCCAAAACUUGUAUCGUUGGUCAUUGGAAGCUCUCAACAGGGAUUCAGUGCCAACUGGAGUCUUGGUGACAAAUGGGGAUUAUGAUCGAGAACAGUUUGCUGAUUACCAAAUACCGCUGUUGGUAAUAGGGACUAAACUGGACCAGAUUCAUGAAACAAAGCGCCAUGAAGUUUUAACUAGGACUGCUUUCCUGGCUGAGGAUUUCAAUGCAGAAGAGAUUAAUUUGGAUUGCACAAAUCCACGGUACUUAGCUGCAGGUUCUUCCAAUGCUGUCAAGCUCAGUAGGUUUUUUGAUAAGGUCAUAGAGAAGAGAUACUUUUUAAGAGAAGGUAAUCAGAUUCCAGGCUUUCCUGAUCGGAAAAGGUUUGGGGCAGGAACAUUAAAGAGCCUUCAUUAUGACUGAGUUACACUCGUCCUUGGAAGAGUGAGCAAGCAGUGGCAGUCUUUCACAGCUUUCCUCUUGCUGUGUCAAUUAUUACCAUCACAGCCAUUUAACAAAGUCACCUUAAAAUGCUACCCUUCAGCCUCACCCUUUAAUGGAAAAAUGAAAGGUAGUGACAACAUGGGAGGUCCAAACUUUGUUCCCGUUCUCUGUAUUCCUCACCUUUCUGUCCCUGUUUACAGAUAUGUAAAAGCCUUGUGAAAAUAUAAGAUGUUGUCAAAAUGAUGCAGUAAAUGAGCAAUGACAGUGCACUGCAAAGAAAAUUUACUCUUGCCUAGAACUGGAGGGUUUUUACGGGUCUGUAAUUUUCCCACACUCACUGCUGAAGGCUUAAGUACUUGAAAAAUGUA